GUAUUCACCUCACUCUGCCGCAAGGCUUCGAGAACGCCAGACCACCUUUAUUCUCCUCUCCCGUCCUCCUAAGAAGACGCUUACCUAUUGUUGUCUUACACCUUUACCUUUAUCAUCAUCCCAAUAAGUUUACUGCACAACUUUUGGUUUUACAAGGACACUCUGCAACAAAACAACUGUUGAGUUCUUCAAUUGCAUUCUGAAUCUGUGUUGAAUCCAAAUUCACGCUAAUGUGUCAAUGUGCAUAAAGAAAUGGGAAACUUGUGUAUGUGUUGCACUUAUCAGUGAAUUUAAUUAAUUAUAAUUAAUUAAGACGGCUCACAACCGGCAGAAUAGUCCAAUUGAUGGAAAUAAUGAGGGCGUCCCUUCCACAUUAUAAAAUUGCAGACUGAUUGAUUAAAAGCGAUUGGUGAAGAUGACCAAUUGAGUUGAAUUUGAGGGACCAUGUGAAAAAGUGUGACUUAUUAACAUCUCGUUUAAAUCAAUUAAGACUGAAAGUUGCCUUACGCAUUACGUACGCACGUACAUAAAUUAAUGAGACUUGAUAAAUCAGUGAACUUAGUGAUGUUGCCUUGAAAUUGGGAGACGGAAAUGUGGGCAUUGACAAGUCGUCAAUGUUAUCGAGAUGAUGGGAUUUGAAGAGGAUUUUUCGAGCAGCAUGAAAAAGGAUGAUCGGUGCUGCUGGAAAUGUAAAUCGGAAGUGAACAUGACACCGGAUCUUCAUGAUUUGAGCGGAGAUGAUGAUGAUUGCUCAACAAUGGACGAAUUGUCGGCAAUGAUGACGAAAAAUAAUAAUUAUACGAUGCGUGGAGUGAGUAAAAAAUUAAAUGCUUCGGUUUCUAGUGUUAGUUUUACCAGUCAGAGGAAUAUCUUCCCGAAUAGUUUUAUGCUUCUGGUUCUAAUUGGAGCUCUAAUUGUUGGAUCUUUAAAUGUUUCUGGUGUAUCCGCCUCUGGAGAAAAUAGUCAUCUCCAGGCCCCCCGUUUUAUAACGCAGCCCUCUGCAGCCGGAAGCAUUGUGAGUGAGGGUCGCACGAAAAUUCUUCAAUGUCAUGCACUCGGGUCACCACAGCCGGAAUACCGUUGGGUAAAAGACGGUCAGUUCCUGGGAGAUUAUUCAGUGGACCAUUUUUACAAAAUCCAACAUGCGAAACGCUCAGACUCCGGGCAGUAUUGGUGCCAGUGUCGAAAUGACGUGGGAGCCAUUCAGUCGGAGAAAAUUAAAGUUACAGUCGCAUAUAUGACACCUUUCGAAGUUGAAGAGGAAAAGACUGUCGUUGUCCGUUCUGGAGAAGCAGCGGUGCUUGAACUCCCUGCAAUUUCGAGCUACCCACCUCCCUCCAUCCUUUGGCAAGCUCGGGACAACUCACUCCUUUACGGUUCCAAAUUUGCAUCCACCUCCACGUUUGGCCAGGUCAUUCUCGACGUCAACGCCGCAGACCAAAAGUCUUAUCGAGCCCGCGCUACAAACACACAACUGGGUCAGGAGGAAACGUCCGGCUUUAUCAAUCUCAUCGUGACCAAUCAAGGUGACCCCACACCAGACCAGACUCCUCCGAUGAUCAUUGUCCCCCCAACGGACGCCCAAGUCAUCAAAGGCACGAAUGAUUACGAGCUCCAAUGUAUUGCCAAUGCGAGACCGCUUCACGAACUGGAGACGAUUUGGCUCAAGGAUGGCGUUCCAAUUGAGACAUCUGGGAUCCAGACGUCAUUCAACGAUCUGUGGAACAGAACAUUGUCCUUGUUGAAGGUGGACUCGUCUCACGGGGGACAAUAUUCGUGUCAGGCUAGGCUAAGGAAUUCCAUUUACCCAAUUCAAUCUGCAUCAGCUCGUGUUUCAAUCAUUGAAAAACCAUACUUUGUCCAACUCAUGCCAACCGAAGUUUACGGAGAGUUUGGGAAAGAGACUGUUAUGCAUUGUUCCGUGGGUGGGGUUCCCAAACCAAACAUUACCUGGUACAAAGACACGUCCUUCAUUAAUGGGGUUGAUCAACCUGGAUAUUCGGUCGACCCAGAAACGGGUUCUUUGACGGUCCACUUCCUUCGAGCUCAAGAUUCCGGAAUGUAUCAAUGUUUCGCCAAUUCUGUUGCUGGUGAAGCGAACGGCUAUAGCUGGCUUCGUGUUAAAAAUAAUAAACAUUUGCCGCUGCUGAUGACCCCACGUCGUGUCAGAGAUGUACAUAGUAAAGUUGUCAGACUUACGAUCAAUGACCUUCUUAACGCCAAACCUGCCAACGCAUCUGCACCUGUGAUGAUUAAGGGCCCUGAGAAUCGCACCGUUUUGGAGGGCAACGAUAUCACCCUGUUUUGUGAAGUAGGUGGAGCUCCGAUGCCGAAUGUGACUUGGUAUCAUAACGAAAAGGAAGAAAUUGUUUCCGGUGGACGCUUUCAAAUCUUGGAAACUGGGAGUUUGCUCGUAGCUUCUGUCAACCAAGACGUUGCUGGUCUUUGGACAUGCAUUCGAUCAAAUGAAGCUGGCACUGUGAUUGGUUCAGGAGAGAUUUCCGUUCUGGUCAGAACUCAAAUCAUUCAACCUCCCGUUGACACCCAAGUUAUUCUAGGACAGAUUGCUACCAUGUUGUGCAAAGUUAAGGGAGACCCAGCACUUCCCUUUGAAAUUGAAUGGGAACAUAAUGACGAAGCAAUUGUACCCGGGUUGUCUCCUAGAAUUAUUGUUAAUUUGGACGGGACUCUAGAAAUUAGGGAAGUUCGAGCCAGCGAUGUUGGCCAGUACAAAUGCAUCGUACGAUCUCGCUCGCAAGGUGGUCAUGAUGAACGCGUUGCUCACUUAAAAAUCAUAGAAUUGCCGUACCGACCUUCAAACAUCCAUGCUGAGAAAUUACCAAAACUUGCCCCUGGUGCAAAUUCGAAAGCAGUGAACAUUAGUUGGACGAGUGGGUUCGAUGGAAAUAAUCCCGUGUUAAAGUACAUCGUUCAGAAGAGGACGGCAUCACCAGAGGCUGGAAUUACACAGACUGAAAUUCUUUCCGCAUGGGAGACGCUUCUCGCUAAUGUUUCUGCGGAUGUGAGGAACGUUGUUGUCGAGGGGUUGAAGCCAGCGACCUCAUACCAGUUUCGUAUUAGUGCCGUGAAUGCUGUUGGCGAAGGAGAGGCAUCUCAAGCGUCGAAUAUUGUCACUCUGCCGCAAGAACCUCCAUCCGGUCCUCCCGUCGGACUUGUGGGUUCGGCAAGAUCUCCUUCUGAAAUCAUUAUUCAAUGGCACCCACCUAUGGAAGAGCAUAAAAACGGUCAAAUUCUUGGUUACAUCACCCGUUUCAGACUUCACGGAUAUGGUAAAGAUAGCCCCUGGUCAAUCAGGAAUAUCACCAACGAGGCUCAGAGAAACUAUCUCAUCCAGGAUUUAAUAACGUGGAAAGAUUACGAGAUCCAGAUUGCUGCCUAUAACAAUAAGGGGGUUGGAAUUUACAGUGUAAGUCUCAAAGUGAAGACACGGGAGGGAGUGCCAAGUGCCUCCCCCACCAAAGUACGAGCCGAAGCGAUCAACUCGACCUGUGUCAAGGCUACUUGGAAACCACCAGAUCCACAGCAAAUUAACGGAAUCAAUCAAGGCUACAAAAUCCAGGCGUGGCAAGCUGGAGAGCUGAAAAAGACAAUGUCCGUAGCACCAAGUCCGUUCGACCCUUUGGCAGAACAGACGGGAAUGAUUUGUGAUCUCGAAAAAUUUGAAGUGUACAACAUUACAAUUUUAUGCUUUACAAAUCCCGGAGAUGGAAAGAAAAGUGGCUCCGUCAUGGUGAAAACUAACGAAGAUGUUCCAGACGAAGUGGAGGCUCUUCACUUUGCAGAGAUUUCAGACAGGUCGGUCAAAGUGGUUUGGAAACGGCCUUUGAAAACUAAUGGAGACCUGUUAGGCUACGUUGUCCGCUACGGAAUCAAAGACAUUCCCAGCAGUUUCAGAGACGUCAACACGACGAGCAAUGUGACACAGGCGAAAGUAUUUGAACUCAAAGCCAGCACGUAUUACUCUUUCGAAGUUUGCGGAUACACGCAAAUGGGGAGAGGAUCUUGCAAAACGGCGAGUAUGAAAUCUGGAGUUGAGCCAGUCCUUCCUAAACCACCUUCGAGCCUUGCGGUCUCCAACAUCCAACCAUUUUCCGUUGUCCUACAAUUUACUCCAGGCUUUGAUGGAAAUUCAUCCAUAACCAAGUGGACCAUUCAAGGACAGACGAACAGGAAUUCAACUUGGCACACGAUUUAUGAAUAUUGUGAAGAACCAGAAUCUUCAAAUUCCAACGCGAUUCAUCCCAAUUUGGGGGGAACUCAAGCAGUGACGAGUAUGGAAUCCAUUGUUGUUCACAAUAUGAGUCCCUUCGUCUCAUACAAGUUACGACUGAUUGCGAAUAACGUUGUUGGACCAUCGCCACCUUCGGAUCCGUCUCCACAAUUUGAAACCUUGCAAGCCCCUCCGGCCCAUUCUCCGAGAAACGUUACCGUUAGAGCCAUGUCUGCAACUCAACUAAGAGUGCGGUGGAUUCCCCUCCAACAAACUGAAUGGUACGGAAACCCCAGAGGUUACAAUAUUACAUACCGACAACGCGGAGCGACAACUCCCUAUCAAUUCCAAACGAUAGAAAAUCCAACAGGGAAUUCGUUCGUCCUCGAGCACCUAGAAGAGUUCACGCUGUAUGAAGUUUUAAUGACGGCGUAUAAUGACGUGGGUGCUUCAGAGGUCUCUUUCUCUGCGUUAGAAAGAACUCGUGAAUCGGUUCCUGGGAUUGGUCCGCAAAUAUUGGCAGCAAAUGCUACAUCUUCAACAACAAUUGUAGUCCGGUGGCAAUCAGUUCCAGAAGAACAUUGUAAUGGCAUCAUUGAUGGUUACAAAGUUUACUAUGGAGCAAAGAACGUUCCCUUCCAGUACAAACAGAUUGGAUCCAACGCAACGUUCACCACGACGCUCACACAGUUGAAAAAGUUUAUCCAGUAUCAUGUUCAAGUUUUGGCAUACACACGAGUUGGGGACGGCGUACUGAGUGAUCCACCCCUUUUGGUCCAGACAUGGGACGAUGUUCCUGGACCACCAAGCAACAUUUCUUUCCCGGAUGUGUCCACCACCACUGCGAGAAUGAUCUGGGACGCGCCCAUUGAUCUAAACGGAGUCAUCUUGGCCUACAGAAUAACUUACGCGUUGGAAGGUUACGCUAAUCCAAGUUUUUCGAUGGAAUUCUCACCAGAAACGCGAACUUUCCGAGCUACGGAUUUGGAAAGAGAGAAAUAUUACUGGUUCUCCAUAACUGCAAAGACUCGACUUGGGUGGGGAGAAACUGCCAAACUUUUAGUUUACACGACAAAUAAUCGAGAACUUCCGCAAGCUCCAAGUCCUCCUAGAAUUUCACCAUCGCAAGUUCAGUCCAGUCAAAUCACAUUUUCCUGGACUCCUGGCCGAGAUGGUUUCGCUCCCAUCAGAUAUUACACCAUGGAGUUCAACGAAGGGGAAACUCACUGGGCCAGAAUCAACGAGCGAGUCUCCCCCACAGGAACGUCUUAUACGGCCAAACAACUCAAGCCACACACAUCUUAUCGUUUCAGAAUUCAAGCUACGAAUGACAUUGGAUCGAGCAGUUUCUCACAAGAGUCCAAUAUUACGUGGACAAUGCCCGCUGCACCAAGUGGAUUAGUGCUUGAUGUUCAAGUAGUUCCGAUCACCACGACGAGCGUUCGUGUUACGUGGAAAGCCUUACCAUCAUCCAGUUGGAAUGGGGAUGCGGAAACGGGAGGAUAUCGGGUCGAGUACCGCCAAGCCGUCGACUAUCCUGUCGCAUCAGUGCAAACCACCCCCAAGGAAGAAAUUCACGGAACAAAAGCCAGCAGCGUGGUUCUCACGGAUUUAACACGAGACAAGAAUUAUGAAAUUUCCGUAAUUCCGUUCAAUUCACGAGGAACUGGAGAAGCGUCGAGACCAAUCACUGUGUACGUGGGAGAAGCUGUGCCGACAGGGGAACCACGCGAAAUUAAGAUCAAGUCAGUAUCCUCGACAGAAGUCACGAUUGAGUGGAAGCCACCAUUUCAAAAUCAACAAAAUGGGGAUCUUUUAGGAUAUAAAAUUUACUAUCAAACCAACUCUACCUCGUCCCACACCAGCGAGGAGGAACUUGAAGUUGUCCCAGCCUGGACGACGUCCCAUACACUAUUUUUCCUCGAAAUGUUUUCUGAGUAUUCGAUUCGAAUGUCGGCUUUUAAUCCGGCCGGGGAUGGACCUUCGACUCCCAUAUUUCUCGUCAAAACAGAACAAGGUCCACCCGGACCAAUUUCGAACAUAACUUUCUACGACAUUACGAUGACCUCGUUAAAACUGAGUUGGGAAAAGCCAACUAAACCAAAUGGAGAAAUUACGCAUUAUCUCGUGACGUAUGAAACGGUUGUCGAAGCGAGUGGAAAUAGUGGGGAAGAUCAUGUCAUUUCUAAACAAGUUCGUCAAAAGGUGUCAUGCUGCUCACUUCUUGUCGAAAAUUUGGAAGAGGAGACCAGCUAUACAUUUUCUGUCCGAGGAAAAAAUUCCAUUCUUAACGAAGUUGGGCCACCAAUUUGGAAAAAUGUGACGACUGGACCACAGCCAGGGUCUCCAAAAUCAAUCAGAGAUCUCAGCCUUGGAAAAAUGUUUUCCUCCGUGCAGUUCAAAUGGGCGAAUGAUGAAAAGUCCAAGAUCCAAGGAUAUUACUUUGAAGCUAAACGUAGAGUCACAGUCGAAUGGGAAAUGUAUGAGAACCGAUGGACGAUUAUUCACAGGACUGACAAUGGACCCCUCUCUGAAUUUACCUUAUCUUUCCAAAAUUUACUACCUUCGUCCGGAUACACUUUCCGAAUCACGGCGUACAACCGACAUGGAAUCAGUUAUCCAGUUGCAUCGGAUGAAGUUGUCUAUACUCCACCCAAACUUUACUUAGAAUAUGGUUACUUGCAAGCGAGCCCGUUCUAUCGACAGACCUGGUUUUUAGUCGUGACCGCAGCGAUGUCCAUAGUUUUCAUCAUUGCUUUAGUAGCAUAUCUUUGCGUCAAGACAAAAUCCUACAAAUAUAAACAUGAAUCAGAACGGAGUCUUGCGGAGACUGCGAGUAUUGAGGAGGGCGUUCUUUACGGCUCAUCCGUCGAGUUGAGACAAUCCCACAAAAAGAUUGGAACCCUGAAGAGAAAGUCGGCCGCUGGGGCGAACAAGCCCCCACCUCGUCCAACGCCCGGAUCCGUAACCUAUACGGAUGACGAGAGUGACAAAGCUUACGACCAUAACCCUGAUGAAAGUUCGUUGACGGAAAAACCGUCCGAAAUCAGUUCUACGGAUUCACAAGGAAGUGAAACCGAAGUGGAAGAUGAAGUUGAUGGAGCGAGUCAUCCACACUCAUUUGUAAAUCAUUACGCCAACGUAAACGACACAUUGAAGCAAUCAUGGCAGAAGCAAAGGCCCGUUCGUAAUGUUCCCGUUCCCACGACGCUUCCUACGACGGUCCCAAUGCCAAAUUAUUCCAGCUAUACGGACUCUGAACCGGAAGCAACGGCCAGCUUAAGCGGUCAGGGUAGAAUAGUUUUGAACAACAUGGCGAGAUCGAGAGCCCCACUGCCUGGCUUUUCGUCCUUCAUUUAGUUACGAAUUUGCUGCUUGCUUAAUUUGAGUCAUUGAAAAACUAAUAACUUGUCGCUCGUGUGUCGUCCGUUUAAUUCAAGUCGUGAUAUUUACCCCUUAAUAAUGUGUCAGAUAUAUAGAUAGAUACGUAAUCGGAAGGUCAGUUAUUCCGAUCCGAGAUUUCAAAUAUUUAUUUCUGCAUGCAUAAUAUAUCGUCAUGUUCUGCGAGUAAUGUUUUCUCAUAUUAAACUGUGAUAUAAUGUUUAAAAUAACAAUUAAGUAUUUGGUUCAUAAUCAUGUACAACUUAAAAUAUUUAUAAAGUUAUUAUUACAAAAAAAUCAGAAUUUGUACAAAUACAUAUACAUACAUUGGGCAUCAUUACGUGCUCUUACUUUUUAUAAGGUUUCGUACUAAACAAAAUAGAUAAAAGCAGUAACUUAACAAGUAUUAGUAAGGACUCACGCUUAAUGUACUUUAGUAUCCCGAGUUUGUUAAUUUUAUAGUGAUGGUUAUGAAAUAAGUGGCAAUACUUAAUUUAUACUUAAUUUUCCUGUUCAUUUAGUUAUGUAAUGGGAAAUGGGUUAUAUAGGUAUAUUGGAUUUUUUUUUAUCGUCGUUGUUGUCGUUGUUAUACAUUUCUGUUCAAUCAUGAUUUCCAAUGUUCCUAAUUUGUGCGAAUUGUAGUUAAAAAAUUUAUUAUCGUAUGUCAUCUUGUGCUGAAUGGUAAUAUUUCAGCUAUCUCAACUCAUCAUUAUUAUAUGUACUGUUCAUGCCAAUCAAUCUGCCAUGUUUAGAAGAAGUAUUAAUAAAUGAUUAAAAACGA